CGGCCCCCUUUUCAGAACAAGCCUCGUCCGGAAAGUUGAUAGAUGAGGAGCGAGCCAACUGAAAUGCAGCAGAUCGGUUCUUUCCGCCGCGUCGGGGCUUUAUGAGCGCGGGGAGAGCCGCAGCGCGCAUUUGAGGAUGUCUGUUUGUCAGAUGAAACGACUGAGAAAUGCCAGCGGAAAUGCCGAAUCGAAACCCAAUGCCUCCGCAGGUUUGUCACCGAGCCAGAUCUAUACGUCUCCGUCGACCUGUUGAGAGUGCUUGACCUGCGUCAGAGCCCAGCGAUGUGGAUCUGCAUGGUUCACAAUGAGACGGACACCAGCGUGGACUUCCGGCUCUGCCAGGACUUUGGCCUCAUCCUGUCAGUCUUCUCCCUCAUCUACCUCCUGGUGUGCUUCCCGCUGGGGCUAUGCUACAAUAUACUGUUGGUCGUGGUGAACCUCUCCAACAAGGUGUCCAUGACCAUGCCAGACGUCUAUUUCGUCAACAUGGCCAUUGCAGGCCUUGUGCUCAACGUGGUGGCGCCCGUGGAGCUGCUGAGCUCCACCUUCACCCGCUGGCAUGCUUGGGAGUACAACAACGAGGUCUAUAUCACCCUGCUCAUCCUCUUCAACAUCUCAUCUCUGGUGAUCAUGUAUUCCACCACGCUGCUCAGUCUGGACUACUACAUAGAGCGGGCGCUGCCUCGUACAUACAUGUCCAGUGUGUAUAACACCAAACAUGUGUGUGGGUUCAUCUGGGGCGGCGCAGUGCUCACCAGCUUCUCUUCGCUGCUCUUUUACGUGUGCAACCACAUCUCCACGAAGAUGGUUGAGUGCUCCAAAAUGCAGAACAAGGAGGCAGCAGACGCCAUCAUGAUGUUCAUCGGCUACGUGGUUCCAGCUGUGGCUGUUCUUUAUGCCUUUGUGCUCAUUUUGCGCAUUAGGAAGGAGUCCACACCUCUGGAUCAGGACUCCGCUCGCCUCGACCCCUCUAUCCACAGGUUGCUGCUAGCCUCAGUAUGUGUACAGUUUGUACUGUGGACCCCGUUCUAUAUGACCCUGUUGGUACACACUGUAGCCGGUGCACUAGGGUUCGUUAGCAACGCACAUUACUUAUCUACCUAUUAUUUCUUGAGAAAUGUGUCUAAACUGCUGGCUUUCUCUAGCAGUUUUGCGAUGCCUCUCAUGUACAGGCAGAUGAACAAAAACUUCUCCAACAAGCUUCAGCGGCUGCUCAGGAGGCUGCACUGCGGAGACCAGUCCUGCCCUCAUGAACGCUCAACAGUGCAGCAAGUGGUGACGUGAGAUCACCCCGAGGAAGAUCAAUGAUGCCCUUCCCACCCCCGCAUUUCCAGCUCAUGGCCUAGCCGGCACUUAUACCCCCC